GCCGAGGCGCUGCGGGCCGAGUUCCCGGCGCUGCACCAGCGGACCAACGGCCGCGACCUCAUCUACUUCGACAGCGGCGCGACGUCCCAGAAGCCGGCGCGCGUGCUCGGUGCGCUGGAGAAAUUCUACGCGCGCGACAACGCCAACGUGCACCGGGGCGCGCACGCCCUCGCGACGCGCGCGACGGACGCGUACGAGGCCGCGCGCGACAAGGUCGCGGCGUUCGUCGGCGCGCGCCGCGACGAAAUCGUCUGGACGCGGGGCGCGACGGAGGCCAUCAACCUCGUGGCCCAGGCCUGGGGUCCCUCGAACCUCGGCGCCGGCGACGAGAUCGUGCUCACGGAGCUCGAGCACCACUCGAAUCUCGUGCCGUGGCAGCUCCUCGCGCGGCGCACGGGCGCGAAGAUCCGCUACGCGCGGCUCGACGCGGAUGGUGCCGGCGUCGACGAGGCGCACCUCCUGGCGCAGAUCAACGGCCGCACGAAGCUCGUCGCGCUCGUCCACGUGUCCAACGUCCUCGGCUCCGUCGCGCCCGUCGCCGCCGUCGUCGCCGCGGCGAGAACUCGCGGCGCGCCGGGCUGCGCGGUGCUCCUCGACGCCUGCCAGUCCGCGCCCCACGCGCCCCUAGACGUGGGUGCGCUCGGCGUCGACUUCCUCGCGGCGAGCGGCCACAAGAUGUGCGGGCCCACGGGCAUCGGCUUCCUCUACGGCCGCCGCGAGGUCCUCGCGGCGAUGGACCCGUGGCAGGGCGGCGGCGAGAUGAUCGCGGACGUCUUCCUCGACGACGGCGAGACGACCUUCGCGGACCCGCCGGCGCGCUUCGAGGCCGGCACGCCGCCCAUCGCCGAGGCCGUGGGCCUCGGCGCCGCCGUCGACUUCCUCGCGGACGUCGGCAUGGAGCACGUCGCGGCGCACGAGGCGGCCCUCGGCGCGCGCCUCUACGACGGCCUCGCGGCCUUCGGGGACCGGCUCGAGCUCUACGGCCCGACGGACGCCGCGGACCGCGGCGCGGCCCUCGUCGCGUUCAACGCGAGGGGCGUCCACGCGGCGGACCUCGCGACGUUCCUCGACCUCGAGGGCGUCGCGGUUCGCGCGGGCCACCACUGCACGCAGCCGCUCCACGCGCGCCUCGGCGCGCCGGGCGGCUCCGUCCGCGCGAGCCUCGCCCUCUACAACACGGCCGACGAGGUCGACGCGUUCCUCGCGGCGCUCGCGCGCGUCCUCGAUGACUUCGACGGCGCCGGC